GCCGGCAUUUCAAACGACAAUGUCAACGGAUUGAAUAUUAUAACAUAUACAACAUGUAAUAUUAAAUAUCUUGCAAACAAUAUGGAUAAUAGUUGGAUUUAUGAAUAAGGAUUGGAAACUGUUUGAACGCCAGCUGAAAUUGAUUUUAUUUUGUAACUUUCAUUCUUCUCCAGUAUCAGAAUUUAUAAGCAUUUGUGCUGCAAUAUUCGAAAUUUAUUUUCUUUACGUCUACUAGACAUGAAAAUCGUCUGCUCUUUCCGGUAUUCCGCGCCAUUAUCGCUGCGAAGUAUCAAGUAACUAAAUUUGUAAAGUCAUGGUGAAUUUUAAUUUUUGAUGAGCAUAUUUUGUAGAUAUUGAAAUCAGUUCGAUUUUCUUAUUUUCGAUGAAUAGUGUGAACUGGAAAGAUGCGAUGGAGACGAUUUAAAUGUUAUUUUUUAUUAAGAAGAAGGAAUAUCAAUGAAUUAAAAAGAUGUCCAAAACGAUGGUUGCUCAUACUCUUAGGAUUUUUCGGGUUCGUCAAUGUUUACGCCAUGAGAGUGAACUUGAGCGUUGCCAUGGUAGCAAUGGUGCGGAAGCAAGACAGGAUAGAUAACGCCAACGUGGGAAUUGCAUGCUUUGAGCUUUUGAAACAAGGACCCAAUGGUACUUCGUCAUCUUCUGAUUCGGACGGUGACUUUGACUGGGACCCUUCGACACAGUCUCUAAUUCUGGGAUCUUUUUUUUAUGGCUACGUCAUUACACAAAUUCCAGGAGGCUACUUUGCAGAAAAGUAUGGGGCAAAGUGGCUUUACGGCAUUGGCGUUUUCAUUACAUCAGUCUUCACCUUGCUGACCCCUUAUGCCGCAUUCUGGGGUGUGUGGCCUCUUAUUAUCGUCCGAGCCAUUGAAGGAUUGGGUGAAGGCGUUACAUUUCCCGCCAUGAAUGCUCUGCUGGGGCGUUGGGCACCAAAGAAUGAAAGAAGUCGUAUGGCUUCCAUCGUUUAUAAUGGUGCCGCCGUGGGCAAUGUGAUAUCCUUCGCUCUUUCUGGCAUAAUCAGCGACACCUUGGGUUGGCCCUCUGUAUUCUAUAUAUUUGGGUUUCUAGGAAUCAUCUGGACCUUUUUCUGGUUGUUCCUGGUGUACGAAACUCCCGAACUCCAUCCUUGUAUAACGGAAGAAGAGAUAAAGUACAUCCGGAAAGGGCAGGACUCUUCUGGAGUAUGGAAAACUCCAGCAGUGCCAUGGAAAGCCAUUUUAACAUCUCGUUUCUUGUGGGCUUUGGUUAUCACACAUUUUGGACAAAAUUGGGGAUUCUAUACUUUACUGACAGAAUUGCCAACAUAUUUAGCCAAAAUUCUUCACUUUGACCUCAAACAAAAUGGUAUGCUAUCGGCCAUCCCAUACCUGAUGCAAGCAUGCUUGGCAAUUUGUGCAAGUUUCAUAGCAGAUAGAUUACGGGCCAGCGGUCGAUAUAGGAUCAACACGAUUCGAAAGUGGUUUAACAGCGUUGCAUUUUUUUCUCCUGCUCUGUGUAUUGCUCUAAUCCCAUACGUUGGUUGUGAGCCCACAGUUAUCAUAAUACUUUUAGCAAUCUCCGUAGGGUUAAACGGAUUCAGUCAUUCCGGUUUCAAUGUCACUCAUGUGGAUAUGAGCCCUGAAUUCGCUGGUACUUUAAUGGGAAUAACGAACUGCAUAGCAAACUUAACAGGCUUUCUAGCCCCUGCUUAUGUCGGAGUCAUCAUACAAACUGGACAAACUCUUAAUAACUGGAGAAUUGUAUUCUUCACCACGUCCGCAGUCUAUGUCGUGAGCGGUCUAGUCUACAAUAUUUUCUGUACCGCAGAACUGCAACCAUGGGGUACAGCUAGACCAACAGGAAGGAAAUCCGUUGAUGAACUUGACGAUGACAUCAGAACUGCAAUUAUGGAUAAUCCUAGAUAGAAAAAUGUAAAUCGAGAAAGAAUCAAAAAUUCUUUAUUCCUCUGACUGUGAUGAAAGUACUUUAAAGCAAAUUUAGUUUAGUUUUCUUCUGUAAAAUUAUUUAAGAAUAAUGUUUUUAGCUUGGUAACAGAAAUUUAGAUAUCUUUAUCAAAAUUAGAAAUAAUUCAAGACGUCCUGUUAAAGGUUUCUAAAAAUAAUGGCUUUCAAUUAGAGAACCAUACAUGAUCAUUCUCAAAAAUGAUGAGCCACUAAUCAGAGAUUGAUCCAAAGCCUUUUUUUUCCUUUCUUUUUUUUAUUUUCACUAUAUUAAAGAAUAUGCCAGGGAUAAUUUUUCAAUUUUUUAAUUGUCACGUGCUGACUGUUAGUCACCGUAUAAUGCCAUAAUCCAAUGUCAUAUGCUGACUGGAAGUCGUCAUAAGGGUAUCAUUAAAAAAAUGACAACUUAAUGGCAUUUACCAUAUGGAUGUUAUAAUAUAAGUCACAUGCCAAAACAAUUAAUGUCCCAAUUUAAGAUUACAUCAACUUAUUAGCUGAAUUUGAGUCUGCUAUAUUGAUACUUUAAUUGCUAUGUUUUUACUUAGUGAAAUAUAAAUUCUGCCAAAAUUCAUUUUAUAAUGAGUUGUGCUGCCAGGAUUCCCAUUUGGGAAUUUUGAAAUUUUACGUAUACCAUUUGGCACCAAAAAUGUUUUUGGUACGCCUGACAGUUUAGUUUCAUUCCAUAUAUAUCAGUCAAUAUUGUGUGUAUUAUUUGCUUCGUUUCUUUACAACAAGCGAGCAAAUUUGAAGCAUUAUAUUUUUGGUUUGGUAUAUUAUAAUGAAAUAACAUACAAAAACAUGUAAUUUAGAGGUUAAAGUAACAAUCUGUUACUUGUUCAAUCUUUUGUUUUUCAUUGAAAUUAUUUUAUUGGUCCUUUUAUAACGACAUUCUUUUUCAAAAAUAUCAAAUAUUUUCAAAACAAAACAUAUUUUAAGUAUACUGUUACACAACUUUUUGUGUAACUUACUUAUACAUAACUUAUCUGGCCAAGAAUUUUUUUUAAAAAAAAGUUGGCAUUUAAUGGGUUAAACAACAGAGAAACAUUGUUUUGUACCGUAGUUAAUUGUGAAUAUCCAUUUUUUAGGUAUUUUAGAAUCACACUCUAGCAGUCAUCUUAUGAAUAUCAUCACAAGAAUCACACAUUAAAUGACAGUUACCAUAUAAAUGCCAUACCCUUCAGUCUUAUACUGAUUGUCAACAAUCAUACGAAUGUCAUAAUGCUAAUCACAAAAUGACAAUACUGAUGUCAUAGCAAGUUGACUCAUAGACUUCCAUCACAAGCUGACUGGCAAUCUCCAUAUGGAUGUUCUAAUAGAAAGUCACUCCCUCCUAGCUAAUUGAAAUCAUAUUAAUAUUUUAAAUUUCAUAUUCUUAUUGAAUGAAAUGUAAAUUCUUCUCCAUUAAAUCUAUUUUACAAAGACUUAAAAACUAAAUUGAAAGUUUGCUUUCCUUGAUCACCAGAAGAGCACUCUUUUGAACAAAUAAAAAGCUUAUUGUAAUCACCCUACAUAGUAAACAUUAUUAACCUUCCAUACGAACAUCUUUCUUACAGUCAAAUAUGACAAAGGAAAAUUUGAUAGACAAAGAGCAUGAGAAGGCUAAACUUUUGAUUAUUUGCUGAACUACUAUUUUUCCCAUUCUGAACAUAUUUAACCAUCUAUGAAACUUAAGCAGUUGCUGUAUUUAAUGCUUCUGAAAUGAUUUAUUACUAAUCAUGCUUGUUUUCUCAAUAAAAAGCCAUUGUUUUCAGAUAACUAUAAUCCGAACAUAAUAUAAUAUAAAAAUGCCUGUACAAAAUGAGGUAUGACUAUAUUACCACAAAAUAUUCGAUAUAUAUCGAAUUGUUGAUAAACUUAAUGUCGGAUAAUAUCGUGAAAAUAUCGCAACAAUAUUAUUCAAUAUUUUGUGAUAAUAGGGAAGAGGGUUUAUGUUGUUGCAAAUUAUAAUAUUGUAAAUUUGAAUUUUUAUUGCAUCACUGCCAUUUUGUAAUGAGAUGAAGUCUUUGUAAAAUGAAGUAGGAUUAUGCUAAGAGUAUGUUUUUAUAAAAUAAAAGAAGAAUUAAGACUAUUAUACUUGCGAGAAUUUAUGAAAUAAUUUUUAAUUUGUUUACAGAAGACUGCAAUUUUCUUUAAAUAUCAUCGCAUUUUGUUAAAGUGUGGUGUGAAAACUUCAGUAAAUAAUAACACACAAAAUCUUAUUCAGGUAGUUAUAACAAAUUCUAGCAAAUUAUUCCUUUAUCAUUUAGAAUAAAUAGGUUAUGCUUUAAGGAGCAUGUUAUUUAACUCUGAUGUUGUGUCAUUAAAUUAAGCAGAAAAUUUAUUCUUGGAAUUAUAACAUUAAAAAACUAUUUUGGCAAUCGUAGUAAAAUUCUGCGCGUUUUUAGCUAUGGUCUUUUAUAUGAAAUUUUUGCUCCAAAUCACAAAUUCAUUUAACUAAUAUUUAAUGUUUGCUUUUCGGAUUAACUCAAAUAUAUCAAUAAAUUGUUAAUGUUAAAGUAAAAAUGAAUAUUAAUAGUUAUAUUUGGUUGUAUAAAAGUAUCAGUUUCUUUAUAUUUGUAUUUUAGUCAUUUUUUGUUUUAUUGUUUUUGUUCUAGGUAAAUUAUUAUUAAUGCACAACAAUUGCUGUACAUUAUUUUUUUUUCUUUCUAAUACUUGUAAAUGUCUGUAAAUAUUUGCAAAUGACUUUUGUUUGCAUUUUAUUGUAAAUAGUUUUAAAUAUUUAUUUAAAAUAUAAAGCAAUCAUUAUUAGGAUUUGAUACAAAAUAUCUAAGAUAAAAAUAAUAA